GGAGCAGGGGGAGGCGGGGCCGGGCGUCCCUGGGGCUCCCGCCCGAUCGCUGGUUCCUCUGGGAGAACCGCGGGCCACACCCAACACCUGGGGAGGAGAAUGCCCGGAGUGUGGGUUCCUCUGCCCUCAGGCCCGUGGCGUGGAUCAAGGAGAUGCGUCUUUCGGGGGUAGUUUGCAACUUCGUCUGUAACGUUAUUUUCGUGUUGCUCUGUUCAUUUCCAAUGUGUUACAUAAUAAAGACGUGGUCGCUUUUAGGGGAAAUGUCUGAAAAACUGAGAAGAUGCAGAAAGGAGCUGACCGCAGCCAUUGACCGGGCCUUUGAAGGCGUCAGUCAUUCCCAGGAGUGCUCCGGCCAGCAGAGGCUGGAGCUGGACGCCGCGCUGCCCUCGUUCCCCCUCCCCGUGCACCGGCUCGUCUGCAGGAGGCACCCGCUGGCAGCCUGCUCCUCCGCGGCUCCUUUCAUUCCGGCCCCAUGUGCUCCUGAGAACGAGAGCCCUGCCUUUGCUCCAAACCAUGCCCCAGUGAAUGCAAAGCCACGUGCUUUAUGCCCGAAAAGAAAACCUCUGACCAGUAAGGAAAACGUACUGAUGCAUUCCUCCGUGCUGGCGCCCGAAAGACAGUUUUGGAGAGCCCCGGGAGAUGGGGAGAACUGGAGAAAAGACAGCCUAAGGAAAGAUAUGGAGAAAGAUUUGAAGGUUGCCUCAAACAUGCCGCUCAGCAAUUCUAGCCAAGAGGUCACAAAAGAUCUGCUUGAUAUGAUCGACCAUACGAGCAUCCGAACUAUUGAAGAGUUGGCUGGGAAGCUAGAAUUUGAGAACGAGCUGAACCGUGUGUGUGGUCGCUGCGGAGAUUCGCCCUUCAGGGAGGAAGCCUGGGCCUUGCUGGUGGGCGAGAGCCCUCAGAAGGCCCCAGACAGCGACCCCGGCAGCCUCAAGCAGGCUUUCAAUGAUCACAAUAUUGUCGAGACUGUGCUGGACUUGGAAGAGGACUACAAUUUGAUGACCUCUUUUAAAUACCAGAUCGAGUAAGGACAGUUGACCGGAGCUUUGGUUCUCUCCAGCAGGCGGCUGCCGGAGUGGUCAGUGUCGCUGGGGGUCGCCGCCACGUGGCUGGCAGAAUAUGAGUCACCACACCCUCUUUCACUUCUACUUGUGUCCCUUUUUGAGCUGAAAGCCCAAUUUUUUUAUUCUGUUGCUUUGAAUUGUUUCUUACUGUUGUUUUUUUUCACUUUUCUUGACCUCUCCAGUGUGUUUUUUGAUUGCUGUUUAAUACACCCCGUACCCAAGGCGGGUGCGGGUGGUGGGCC